AUGGUUACAAAGAUGUCUGAAUGACGUUUGGAUGUGUGGACUGAGUUCACUUCACUUCUUGUUCAACACAACUGAAAACGAGACGUCGCCGCUUGGUCGACCAAGUGAUGCCCUCGUGUAGAAGAGACGAUCUGUGGCGCUCGUCGACUUACUUGGUGCAGCGACGCCAUUAGUUGGAUGAAAGUCAGACAUUGGGUUUGUCUGACGACCGUUUGUCGAGCUUUUGAGUACGCGCUGGAAAUAUUGCUUUCAUUUGAAAGUCAGCACAGCUGGGGACGUGUCUCCUUUUGAUUUUAGUUUUUCUUUGGAGGGGAAAGGGGGGGCUCUUUUGUCCCGUUGGUAGGAAGCCGAUGUGAGCUACGCAGGAGUUGCGUUCCGACGUGCUAAGUGUUAGCAUUUUUAGCAUCGGCGGGGCACGAGCUUGUUGUGACACAUCGAGCGGCCGCCAUGGCGGCAACGGGCGGCGGCAAGAGCUUCUCGUUCAAGGUGGUCCUGCUGGGAGAAGGCUGCGUGGGAAAGACGUCCAUGGUGCUGCGCUACUGCGAGAACAAGUUCAACGACAAACACAUCACAACUCUCCAGGCGUCCUUCCUCACCAAGAAGCUCAACAUCACGGGAAAGCGGGUCAACCUCGCCAUCUGGGACACGGCGGGUCAGGAGCGCUUCCACGCGUUAGGUCCCAUCUACUACCGAGACUCCAACGGGGCCGUCCUGGUGUACGACAUCACCGACGAGGACUCCUUCCAGAAGGUGAAGAGUUGGGUGAGAGAACUGAGGAAGAUGUUGGGGAACGACAUUUGUUUGUGUAUAGUAGGUAAUAAAAUCGAUUUGGACAAAGACAGGAACGUCUCUACGGAGGAGGCGGAAAGUUACGCGACGUCGGUGGGGGCCAAACACUACCAGACGUCCGCCAAGCUCAACAAAGGCAUCGAGGAGCUCUACUUGGACUUGUGUAAAAGAAUGAUGGAGGCGGCCCAGGCCGAGGAGCGGUCGAAAGGAAACGUCGGCGGCCAAUCGGUAUCCGGUCGGCGAGGCGUACAGAUUGUUGACGACGAGCCCCAGGCCACGCCCACCGGGGGAUGCUGCUCGUCUGGCUAACGCACGCACACGUCUGUGGUCCGCUAAGGAUGAGGGGAAGUUGAGAGAGUCCAAGUAGCAGGAAACAUGCGAGCGUUUCCUGUCUAAUUGGGAGUUGACGGCCACAUGACAUCACUUCCC